ACCUCCGCGGGCCUGGCCGUCUUUCCCGCCAUGUCGUUCUCGGAGAGCGGGAGGUGCUCGGUUCCCCUGCGCCGCCGGCUGGGCACCCCUGUCCCGCUCGCUCGGCCGGCAUUUCCCGCCUUCACUCAGGGGGGCGGUUGGGGAGAGGGUGAGGUCGACGAGGAGGAGGGAUGUGACCAAGUGGCCCGCGACCUGCGGGCGGAGUUCUCGGCUGGGGCGUCGUCGGAGCCCAGAAAGGGCUCGCUGCUCCCUCGGGACGGGGACGGGUCUCCGGUCCUGCCCGAUAAGCGCAAUGGCAUCUUCGCAGCGGAGGCAGGCGGCCGGGCCCGGGCUCGGCGGUGGCCGGUUCAGGUCCUCUCGAUUCUGUGUUCGCUGCUGUUCGCCAUCCUCCUCGCCUUCCUCCUGGCCAUCGCCUACCUGAUCGUGAAAGAAUUGCAUGCUGAGAAUUUGAAGAAAGAAGCUGAUGUAGACACUGGGCUUUUAGGAUUCUGGACGCUACUUAUAAUAUCCCUAACUGCCGGAUUCUCCUGCUGCAGCUUUUCUUGGACGGUGACUUACUUUGAUUCUUUUGAACCAGGAAUGUUUCCUCCUACUCCUCUUUCACCUGCCAGGUUCAAGAAACUGACUGGACAUUCUUUCCACAUGGGCUACAGCAUGGCAAUUUUGAAUGGCAUUGUAGCUGCUCUUACUGUAGCCUGGUGCCUCAUGUAAACCCACACUGAAGCAGUAUUCUCAGCAAAACUUAGUCAUGAUUGCUUCGUGAUAACAGGGAAGAACAUCAUUGCCUACACAGAAGACCAAGAGACCUGCUUUUAUGCGGAUCAGAUACAUGCCAUAUCAUCGUCAUUACAGAGGACCUUCUCAAGCAUUGUUCUAGAGCCUGGGCAUUGGGAAUAUCUGAGUAGUACGUUUCAAGUAUUUUUUUAAAAGUGUAAGAUGUUUACCUCACCUUUUUACUUUUGUGUGUGUGGUUUUUUUAUACGUUGUAGAAAACAUUUUAAUGGAAAUCAAACUCGAAAACUUGAAUACAGAACAAUGCCUACCUUUCUGUGUAUGUACUACAUUUUUGCUAAGAAAUACUGAUAUUACUGUUUAAUUGAGACAGAAAUAUUUCUUAUUUAUUCGUUGUAUUAGAAAAACAAACAAUGCCUACUACGUUUUAUAGAAGCUACUUUCAGAUCAGAAUACUUAGUUUUUGAUAUUCAUAUAAUCAAUAGAAGGUGCAUUUAUAUUUUUUAAUGGGGCUUAGUUCCUUAUGUGUUUUUAUGUAUUUUCCUACUACAUAUUGAAUUUGUAUGUUUUUAAAAUUGUUACAUCUAGACAAAUGUAAAUGUUAUUUUUUAGCUGGUUCAAACCUAAUACCUACCAUUUUUAAUAAGUAUUUUGUCUUUAAAAAAACAGCAAAAAAGCACACUGACCUGAAUUUAAAAUUAAAUAAAUUUAUUUUUAACAAAAAACAACUGAAAAAAGAUAAAUUAUUUAAGCCAUUAAAAUAGUGAGAAAUUAGAAACUGUCCGUAUUUCUCUUUCCACAAUUCCAAAUAUUUAUCUUGGUGUAUAUAUGGUUACUUCAACAGAAUUGAUAUUAUUUUGUUUUUAAUAAAUAUAAACCUGAAAUUUUUAUAUUUAGAAA